AUGUUUCGGAUUGACAAAGCCAGUUUGGAAAAUGAUGGUGUAGCAAAACCUUAUUAUUGGCAUGAUCACGAAGAUGUUGACGAAUUCUCGGAGUUCAAUUAUGUUGAAUACGAUGACGAUGAUAAUAAUACAACAGAAAUCCAAAAUGAAGAACUAUACAUUAAAAAAGAUAGUGAAAAUAAUAUUAACUUAAAGACUGAUACAGAAAUCUACCAGCACACCGAAAACCAUUAUCAUUUACACGAAAAUAAGAGAAGUUUAUGUCCAAAGAACAAGACAUGUGCAAGAAAAUGCUGUCCUCUCGGAUGGGGUUUCAACGUAACUGCACACAAAUGCAGCCCAUUGCUUAAUGAAUUUAACCCUACAUUGUGGAACAGGUAUAAAAUGAUGAAAGGGACAAAAGCACUAGAUGAGCUGCAUUUUUUGUUCGGUUAUGUGACCUGUAGGACGUAUGAUGCAAUUAAACCGACAACAAGCAUACGAUUGCAAUCGGAUGGUACCUUAAUGGUGGAAAGGACUUCAGCUAUGGGACCCGAGCUGGUCUUCAAAGUAAACCAGUAUUGUUUGGACUUGUUCAUUACAGAAGAGAAUGACAUUGAGUUGAAUGCAUUUAUAUGUUAUAUUCAUAAAGAACAAAGAAGGCAUUUUAUCGUGUUUGAACUAUGUUUGGCGAUCAGUUGUAUCUUGAUCGUAUUAAAUUUGAUCGUAUAUGCAUUGUUACCGGUGCUUCGACCUCGUCACAGGUUGCUGAUCAUGGCGUACCUCAUCAGUUUUCUAAUCAGCUUCUCUGUCAAAUUCAUCGAAGUAUUCCUUAUUUUGUGGAAAGUAUCAUAUCGGCAUAUGUGCCUCUACUUCACAUUCACCUUCUACUUCUUCUUCAUAUCAGGUUUCUUCUGGAGAAACAUAAUGUGUUACGACAUGUGGUGGACUAUCAGAAGCAAAAGACCGAUGUCAGGACAAUGUUCAGAAUCUCGUAUACGAAUAUUCCUCUACUUCGUGUACGGAUUCGGCGCACCAGGAGCGGUGACUGGCAUUGUCGCCCUACUUGAGUUCUCUGAUUACAAGAACGAUCAUCCAUUCAUGCCUAAUAUACAAAAUGAGGGAUGCAACGCUUUAUAUGGUUACAGCAAAGCAAUUUACCAGUAUGGACCUGUAUGUUUAUUAUUCCUUAUAAACUUGAUAUUUUUUGGACUAACCGUUUUGAAAAUCAAGACGAUUAAAAAAGAGACUAAAGUAGUACUCAAAACUCAAGAUAGUAAAACUCACAUUACAAAAACUGACAAGCAAUGGAUGAAUCUCUCUGUGAAAAUAUUCGUUGUUAUGUUAAUAGCUGAGGUGAACUGCACUUUCGAUUUCAUUUCAAGAUUAUUCCCUGAUCACCCAAUAUUUUGCCACCUUGCUGACUUAAACGUUCUGACUGUACCUUUUAUAGUGUACUUGAAUUUCAAGUGCCAGGGGCAAUCGUGGAAGAAUAUAAAAACAAGAUACAGACUGAAGAGUUCAGAAACAGAGAAAACGAUGAUGUCAUCAGUUCGCACUAUGAGCACAGUAACACACAGUCAAGAAGGCUUUGGAAGUCAGGCCAGCGGCUCACGCUAUCCCAGAAGUAUUUCGGUUAUAUCAGCUUAA